AUGGCCAGCCUUGCCAAUGGUGUUGCUGAUGAUGAUGACAUGGAUGAUCUACCGCAUAAUUCGGAUAGUUCAGCCACAACGGCAAAGAAACAAAAGGUGGUAUCGGAUGAUAAUUCUAACGAUGAGAUCGAUCAAUUCUCUAUCCAUUUGCAUGUAAAUAUUUCUAAGGUAGAGACUGUUGCACGUACUUUCGAAAUUGGCCAGUUUAAAGCUCAGAUUACAUUAGAUAGUACUUUCGACCUCCAAGCUAUUGACGCUAUGAUCUUAUCAUUUGGCCAAUGCAAUGAUAAUGGCUUGGCAACUAUCCAACUCAAUGAUAAUUAUGAAAGAAAGCUACUAUGUUCUAUCCAUCUACCUACACAUGUACUCAAUGCUAUGGAUAUCCUAGUCAAUAAAUACCGAAAUAAAAAUGGCAAUGCUGCUUCGUUAUACUUGCACGCCAUGGAAACAGACAAACAAUUUGUUAACCUUACUCUAUCCCUAUUUCUGGAAAGUCCAGCGUUCGCUAGACUCCCAGGGCCAAGUGCAUCCAUUGCCAAUACUGGUGCUAGUCAUCUUAUACAAAAUGUACCCGUUAUCAUACGACAUUUCUUGGGCGGUCAGUUGAAUAGUGAAGACUUUGAAGUUUCCCGAAUACCAGGUACAGCUGCAGAUGCAGAUGAAAUCUACCGUAAAAUUAAAUCAUCUCCAUAUGCUAUGAAAUCGGAUAUCGAUGAUCGAACCCAUUUGCAGCAUCAAAAUUUACUGCCAACUUUGAGACCGUAUCAGGCUAGAGCUGUUCAGUGGAUGUUAAAUAGAGAAAGAUCAUCAACAUCGGCACAAGAUCGAUCGAUAAUCCACUCAUUGUGGAGGGAAUUAAAAUCAAUUGAUGGAAAACAAUUUUAUUUUAAUCCGUAUUCUUCUCGAAUAACUAUAUCCAGAUUUAAUAUUGCCCCUUUACCACCUGGUGGGAUUUUAGCUGAUGAAAUGGGCCUAGGAAAAACGGUAGAAGUUUUGGCUUGCGUACUAUUGAAUGAAAGACCAACUAAUAUACUAGAGAACUCGACAUCGACAGAUGUUAGUGGUAAUAAUUUAGCUGCAAAGAGUUGCGAUGAUGUAUGUGAGCGAUCAGAUGUAGCCUAUCAGUAUGACUGCAGUGACUCGAAAGAUGCGGAUAAAGUUGAUGAAGGAAAAAAUACUUCUACGCUACGUAAACGAAUACACAGUCAACUGAAAGAUAGUAUAACUAGACCAAGUAAUGGUAAUUCAUGCAAACUUACUUGUAUUUGUGGUGGCUUAAAUGAAGAUGAAGACAGUGAGCAGCCGAAAACCGCGCAAUGUCAAAUUUGUUCGAUAUGGCAACAUCCAAAGUGUGUUAGACCCGACUUUGAUUAUUGUUCAGAAUAUAUUUGCCCGCAUUGUAUUGUUAGAAAGCCUACUAUCGCAUCCGGAGCUACGUUGAUAAUAUCUCCAUCAUCGAUUGCUUACCAAUGGAAAGAAGAAAUAAUGAGACAUAUCGAUAAAGCUGGCUUUAAAGCAAUGAUAUAUAAAGGUGUUGCCAAGGAAGGAUUUAUUAAUCCUUCUGUUUUAGCAAACUAUGAUAUUAUCAUAACUACAUAUGAAACUCUCCAGCAAGAUAUCUAUCAUAUUGCCGACAACCACGGCAAUGUUCAAAAACAACUGCGUUUCACUAGGCGAUAUUUAGCCUUGCCUAGCCCUCUACCAUGCAUAAAUUGGUGGCGGAUAUGUUUGGACGAAGCCCAAAUGGUAGAAAAUGUAACCGCAAGGGCUGCAGAAAUGGUUCUUAAAUUGCAGUGUAUCCAUCGCUGGUGUGUGACGGGCACACCGGUUCAGAGGGGAAUUGAAGAUUUGUAUGGCCUUGCACUUUUUCUUGGGUUGGAUCCAAUUCACGAAAGGGUAUGGUGGCGAAAGAUCCAGCUCCCGGAACAGUCCAGUUCAAUGAAUUGGCUGAAGUUAUCACCAAUUGAAUCGCAUUUUUACCAGAGACAACACGAAGAAUGUUCGACCGAUGCCCUUAAGAUGCUGAACCCUCUGCUACGACUACGCCAAGCUUGUUGCCACCCACAAGCUGUUACUAGUAGUGGGAUAUCUCUAAAUCGAGGACGUUUAACGAUGGAUCAGAUUCUGGAAAGUAUGAUUAAAAAGUCAAAGACUGAAUGCGAAGAAGCCCAAAGACAAAUCAUUUUCGCGCUUAAUGGUAUUACAAAUAUUCUUAAAAAUACCGAUUCUGUCGUUUGUUACGGCUUCGUCUGUAAUGCUAUUUAUAUUCAUGUUUUAGGUCUGGCAGGUGUUCAUGUUAUGAAGGAAGAAUUAGUAGAGGCAGUGGAUCGGUAUAGGGAAGCCAUUGCUGCAUGGGAAGAAUAUAAAGAUAGGCUCCAUACAGACAGCAUACAGAAAAUUCACACUCUGCAUAAUCUGAAUGAUAUCUUGAAGAAUCAUCCUGAGAUAGCACAAGAUUGUGGUAGGACGAUACGAGAGAGCCGUCUAGACCAUGAGGUGGAACAACUAAAGCUUUCAUAUUUAAUUAAAUUUAAAACUGCUACUGUUAACUCUCGUGAAAUUCUUCAACAAAGUAAACAAGCAAUAUCGGAAUUAAAGUCUCAGCUGGAUGAAAUUUGGUACCUUCAACUACUGGAAAAAUUUGAAGUACUUGGUCUUGAAAAUCAAUUAAUAACCAGACUACAGCAACGUUUAUCGACUCAAUUAACGCAAAUGUAUCUUAAUUCUACUGAAAUGGCUGGAAGCUUUACAAAUAUUACUGGGCUGAAAUAUGUUGCGACUAUGCAACUGGAUGCAAUAACAGAAUCUCGUGAAGCACUAUUAAAAUUGAUAUAUUCCAUUGAUCAAGAGAAUUUUCAACUUUUGGUAUCUUCGGCGGCAGAUUGUCACUUAAGACCCUCGAAACUUCAAAGGCGUAAAAAGUGUAAGAUAUGUGAAGCCAAUCGCUAUUUUGAAGAAUAUGAAUCUCACCUAUUUUUAUUACAAAGGCGUAGUAAAGAGAAAUCCUCCAAUUUACAGGAAAAUUUGAAUCGGAUGAUGACGACGAAGCAAUUGGUUUCAAGAGCCGAUAGUGAAAUAGAAAGGACUCUGAAAGCUAUUGUAGCUUUUGCAAAAUCUUAUGUGAAUUAUAAAGAUGAUGAUGAUGAUGAUGAUGGCGGAUUGAAUGCAAGCCAAUCAGAAAUGCAUACGGAAAGGUUUGAGGGAAUAUCUGAUGACGAACACCAAAUUCGUGAGAUGAUUAGAUCUGGUCGUCAUUUUCUGUCAUUGCUGGACACCUACAAGAAAGAAUUUAAUCAUAUUAGAGCAUUAUGGAUGUCUAUAGAUGAUCAUAUCGCUGCGUUAGACGAACUUGAAAUGGCAAAAACUCGGCUCCGUAAGCAAUGCCCAGGUGAAGAAGUCCCGGAUUCUGCUCAAACUUAUAUUAUUCCUCCUGGCCUAGUUGAACAAACUAGAUUUCGAUUUUUAUCGGAUUUAUCACUUGGAAAGAUAGAAUUAAAGAAAAAACUAGGCCAGCUAUCUUAUUUAGAGAAUUUAUCUAAGGCGCGCAACUUCAGCAGUCAUGAAAAUGAAGAUUCAUGUCCAAUUUGUGUACGAAAGCUUGGAAAAGAGUGGACAGUAUUGGGCUGUGGUCAUUGUUAUUGCUACGAUUGUACCGAUGUCAUGAUAAAAAAGUGUGCACAAAAUGAUAUGAGACAACAAAGUGUAAAGUGCCCGUUAUGCCGCAUAAAAACUGCAGUUCCUGAAAUAUCCUAUGCUAGUUUGGAUGAUGCAGCAUCUACUUCGGAGGCUUCAGAUAUUAAAGUUGAAUGGACGGUGGUCCUAAAUUUAAUUUCUCAAGCUUUGACUGACAAUAAAAUUAAUCACAUUAACGCUAAAAGUGGGCAAAAUUUUCAAGACUCUAUUACGAAAUUUAAAUAUGAUACCAGCAUACCAGUAUUAUUAUUACCAUUAAAAUCGGGAGCUAAUGGAUUGAAUUUAAUUGAAGCAACUCACGUUAUUUUGAUUGAACCGGUUUUAAAUCCUGCCCAAGAACUACAAGCAAUAGGAAGAGUUCAUAGAAUUGGUCAAACUAAGAAAAGAGGCAAGGACGAAGUCCCGAUAACAAUCGAUGAAUAUAAAUCGUUAUUUUUAAAGAGCGAUGAGUUGCUAUAA